CCGCGCUUUCGAUCGCUCCUACAGUAUUUGAAUCGAAAGGACUUCUUGGUCGAGAGGAACGUGAGCGCACGCGCGGCGGCAGCAGCGUCGUCCGGCCACUCGACGAGUUUUUCGGGGUCGCGAUGACUUCCGUCCCCCGCGAAAACGUUUCUGGUGGACGGUGAAGAUGACGACAUGGAGAUAACGCGGAACAGGCCGUCCAUGUACGGGGACAUCGCUCACGGUCUGGGAUUCUGGACGGAGCGCUCGGAGGUGCACCAGGCGGCGGCGCAAGGGCGGGCGGCGCGCCUGCGGCAGCUGAUUAGCGACGGGGCGGCCGUCAACGCCGCGGCCGCCGACUCCAUGGCGCCUUUGCACGAGGCCUGCAUCCGGGGACAGGCGCGCUGCGUGGCGCUGCUGCUGGCCGCCGGCGCGCAGGUGGACGCCCGCAACAUCGACGGCAGCACGCCGCUGUGCGACGCCUGCGCGGCCGGCAGCCCCGACUGCGUCCGGCUGCUGCUGGAAUACGGCGCCGCCGUCAACCCGCCGCUCUUCACCUUCUCGCCGCUCCACGAGGCCUGCCUGCGAGGCAAUUUGGAUUGCGCGACGCUUCUGAUCCAGCGCGGCGCGUCCACGGAGGCGCACGACUGCCACUACGGAACGCCGCUGCACGUCGCCUGCGCCAGCAAACACUACCACUGCGCGAAGCUGCUCCUCAAUGCCGGCGCGAACGUCAACGCGGCCUCUCUCCACGAGACGGCGCUGCAUCGCGCCGCCAAGACGCGGCAGGUGGACCUGAUCGAGCUCCUGGUGGAGUUCGGCGCGGACCUGCACGCCCGCGACAACGCCGACAAGAAGGCCAUCCAAUACGCGCCGCUCGGCUCGCCGGCGCAUCUGUGCUUUCGCUUCUACGAAGACACGCCCCUGAGCCUCCAGCAGAUGACGCGGGUGGCCCUGAGGAGGAUCCUGGGUGCCAAUGCGCUCCACGUUUUCUCCCAGCUGGAUUUGCCCAGUCGCAUGGUUGCGUUUCUGUCGUACGCGCCGCCGCCUCCCGUCUUCGACGUCUGACCAGCGUUUUUUGAUGGCUCGCGUCGGCUCUGCGUGAUCAGUCGUCGUUUCUUUUCCAUUGACUGGCAAAGUCCGCUUCGUAGUUUUCACUCUUCUUCUUUUAAAUGUACGGUGUGUGUGCCGCCAUCUCGUGGCCAUCGGUGGAAUGGAACCCAACAUAAAGGAGACAAACAAAACUGUGACAGAGGAGAUUAGUGCGUAUGUGUGUGUGCGCACGCAAAUAUAUCGACUGUAAAUAUGUCCAUUUGUUUCAACUUUGUGAUUUGCGGCUAAAUAAAGUUAGUUGCCCGAUUGUUGUGGA